UCACACAGCAAUGAUGGUCACAUAGUCUAAUAAUUUAAUUUUUUCGAUAAAAAUGAUUAUAAAUUGAUGUUCCUUAUGAUCAAACAAUAUAUGUCUCGUUUUAAACCAACUCUGUGAUGUUGUAUUCUAAAGUAUUGAGUUAUGUGAGAUCAGGAAGUACAGAGCUAUUCGAUUGGUCAAAAUGUGGUGAAAGUUACCUGUCAACAGUUCCGACAAUCUUGUGGGCAUUAGGAUCAGCUGCACUUGCUCAUCGUUUGAUAUCAGCGAUGUUCAGAAGAUUCAUAUUCAGACGUAUACCAUUAUGGGAGAUAGUUUUGCAGAAUCUAUUAUUCAUUUGGAUGGUUAUUUACAGUCUCCAUUUUUGGUUUGUGGUCACAAACAUCACGAAAUUUUUAGUCCGAUAUUGUUAUGAAACGAACGACGGCUCAGUACCAAUUAAUGAAGUCGAAAGCUGUCAGAUGAUGCAGCAAUGGAUGAUUUGGAUGUGUUCGACGGUGCCGCUUGUAUUUUACGUGUACACUCGACCUAAGUCAGUGGCGCCACCGCUAAUGAUAUGGAUAACAACAAAUCCAUGGCAUCGUCGAGAGAUGGGCGCAUACGGUUACUAUCUCAAUCGUCCGUUUUCGUAUCUGAACCCGCCGAGCAACGAGUCACUCUGUCAACGAGCUCUCUCGCUCAGAAGAGCCUUCAGCGACUCUAGAACUGUAAUCAAAGAACCGCCAAGAAAAAGGCGGAAUUCGAAAUCUGUUUAAAUUUUUUGUUAACUAAUAAAGUGUACUUAUAAACAAGA